AUGGAGUCAGAUGCGGAGUCCUCCACUCCCUUGGGCCCUGUUGCUGCCCCAGGGGAGCUGGACGCCAGGCCUGGCUGUUCCUCCCUGGGGCUGCCCAGCGGAGACCCGGGGAAGCUCCGAGUGCUGCCUGUCGGGCCCGGAGCCCACUGCGGGGACCCUGCCCCCGGGGGCGCCGGCAGCCAGACCGCUGCAGGGGACGGCCCCCUGGACACGGGUCUCACGCGGGAGCCGAGCGGCGGCACUAAGAUCCCUAACCGGGACAGUGGGAUCGACAGCCCGUCCUGCAGCGUGGCCGGCGAGAACUUCCCCUGCGAGGAGGGUGGCGAGGCGGGCCCCCGCCCCAUAGUCCCGGGGCUGCACCCCGAGAUGGCCCCAGAUGGCACGGCCCUCCAGGAGGAGGCCGAGAGCGAUGUGGGUGAGGGCAGCGGCGAGGAGCCCGACCCCGAGAACAGCCCCCCGAGGGCCGACACGGACCCAGCCAAGUGCUCGGAGCCCCAGAAGCUGCUUCACAUUGCUCAGGAGCUCCUGCACACCGAGGAGACCUACGUGAGGCGGCUGCACCUGCUGGACCAGGUUUUCUGCACCCGGCUGACGGCAGCGGGGAUCCCUCCAGAAGUCACCACGGGCAUCUUCUCCAACAUCUCCUCCAUCUAUCGCUUCCACGGGCAGUUCCUCCUGCCCGAGCUGCAGAAGCGGAUCAUGGAGGAGUGGGACUCGAACCCCCGGCUCGGGGACAUCCUGCAGAAGCUGGCCCCGUUCCUCAAGAUGUACGGUGAGUACAUCAAGAACUUUGACCGGGCCAUGGAGUUGGUGAGCACCUGGACCCAGCGCUCGCUGCUGUUCAAAGACAUCGUCCAGGGCAUCCAGAAGCAGGGCGUGUGCGGGAACCUGACGCUGCAGCACCACAUGCUAGAACCCGUGCAGAGGAUCCCCCGCUACGAGCUGCUGCUCAAGGACUAUCUGAGGAGGCUCCCAGGGGACGCCCCGGACCGGAAGGACGCAGAGAGGUCCUUGGAGCUCAUCUCCACAGCCGCCAACCACUCCAACGCUGCCAUUCGGAAAAUGGAGAAGAUGCACAAGCUCUUGGAGGUGUACGAGCGCCUGGGUGGGGAGGAGGACAUCGUCAACCCCGCCAACGAGCUGAUCAAGGAGGGCCACAUCCAGAAGCUGUCUGCCAAGAACGGCACCGCCCAGGACCGCCACCUCUUCCUGUUCAACAGCAUGAUCCUUUACUGUGUGCCCAAACUGCGGCUCAUGGGCCAGAAGUUCAGUGUCCGAGAGAAGAUGGACAUUUCGGGCCUCCAGGUGCAGGAUGUCGUCAAGCCAAACACGGCGCACACGUUCAUUGUCACGGGGAAGAGAAGGUCCCUGGAGCUGCUGACCCGGACAGAAGAGGAGAAGAAAGAAUGGAUUCAGGUCAUUGAGGCCACCAUCGAGAAGCACAGACAGAACAGCCAGACCUUCAAGGCCUUCAGUGGCUCCUUUGGCCAGGAUGAGGACCCUUCCUUCACUGCAGACCCGCCUAUGCUGAGCGCCAGCUCCGGGGAGCCCUCAGUGGCCGACGGUGGAGGGAGUGCCGCGCCCGAGCCCAGGAGAGGGUCCUCUAAGACCAGGCGGGACAAGGACAAGCAUGGCUGCAGGAGCUGCGGUGAAACCUUCAACUCCAUCACCAAGAGGAGGCACCACUGCAAGCUGUGCGGGGCGGUCAUCUGUGGGAAGUGCUCCGAGUUCAAGGCCGAGAAUGGCAGGCAGAGCCGCGUCUGCCGACAGUGUUUCCUGACUCAGCCGGUGGCCCCUGCUAGCCCCAGCUCCGAGGAGCCCAUGGAGCCCAAGCAGAGCACGGAGAAGCCGGCCUCUGCAGACCCCCCGCCCAGCCUGUUCUGUGGCCCCCUGCGGGUGUCGGAUGGCGGCUCGGCCUGGAGCGAGGUGUGGGCCACCAUCCCCACGUCAGACCCCCUGGAGCUGGUGCUGCACCUGCAGGGAGGCAGCCAGGCUGGCCGCCUGCCCCGAGCCGUCCCCCUCUCUGGCUGCACGGUGAGCGUGCCCGACCCCGCGGAGAAGCUGGACGCCCGGCACGUGUGGCGGCUGCAGCAGGCCCAGCAGUCCUUGCUCCUGAGUGCCCCGUCCGCGGAGCUGCAGCAGCAGUGGCUGGAGGCCCUGAGCGCGGCCGCCCUCGGGGACUCGGCCCGGGCCAGCCGGGGGGCCCUGCAGCCCCGGGCCCCCUGAGCUGAGUCUCGGCUGCGGCUCCGGCUCUGCGGCCACCACAGCAUGGCCU